UCGGGGCCGGGCCGGGGCCGCGCCGCCUGCGAUGCCGGGCGCCCGCCGCAGCCGCCGCCGCCGGAGCCCGGGAUGGGGCGAGAGGCUGCGGCGGACGCCAGCAUCUCCCCGCCGGGGGCCCCGGGGGCCGCGGAGCCGCCGCCGCCGCUGCUGCCGCCGCUGCUGAGACCCAGCGGGCGAUGGGGCCUGGCAAGGAGCUGUGAACGGUGACCUCUUGGCAGGAUGAAGAUGAGACGCUACAAGCUCUUUUUCAUGUUCUGUAUGGCCGGCCUGUGCCUCAUCUCCUUCCUGCACUUCUUUAAGACCCUGUCCUAUGUCACCUUCCCCCGAGAACUGGCCUCACUCAGCCCGAACCUCGUGUCCAGCUUCUUCUGGAACAAUGCCCCCGUCACGCCUCAGGCCAGCCCCGAGCCCGGUGGCCCGGACCUUCUUCGAACCCCCCUCUACUCCCACUCGCCCCUGCUCCAGCCCUUGUCCCCGAGCAAGGCCACUGAGGAACUCCACCGGGUGGACUUUGUGCUGCCCGAGGACACCACCGAGUAUUUCGUGCGCACCAAAGCGGGGGGCGUGUGCUUUAAGCCAGGUACCAAGAUGCUGGAUAAGCCACCAUCGGGCCGGCCGGGGGAGAAGCCCGAGGGGGCGUACAGCCCCACCACCCGGGACCCGCGGCGGCCUCCGCGGCACACGCUGAGCGCCCGGGAGCGCGCAAGCCGGCAGGGCGCGCGGCGCAAGUGGGUGGAGUGCGUGUGCCUGCCCGGCUGGCACGGGCCCAGCUGCGGGGUGCCCACGGUGGUGCAGUACUCCAACCUGCCCACCAAGGAGCGGCUGGUGCCCAGGGAGGUGCCGCGGCGCGUCAUCAACGCCAUCAACAUCAACCACGAGUUCGACCUGCUGGACGUGCGCUUCCACGAGCUGGGCGACGUGGUGGACGCCUUCGUGGUGUGCGAGUCCAACUUCACGGCCUACGGGGAGCCGCGGCCGCUCAAGUUCCGCGAGAUGCUGACCAACGGCACCUUCGAGUACAUCCGCCACAAGGUGCUCUACGUCUUCCUGGACCACUUCCCGCCCGGCGGCCGGCAGGACGGCUGGAUCGCCGACGACUACCUGCGCACCUUCCUGACGCAGGACGGCGUCUCGCGGCUGCGCAACCUGCGGCCCGACGACGUCUUCAUCAUCGACGACGCCGACGAGAUCCCGGCGCGCGACGGCGUGCUCUUCCUCAAGCUCUACGACGGCUGGACCGAGCCCUUCGCCUUCCACAUGCGCAAGUCGCUCUACGGCUUCUUCUGGAAGCAGCCGGGCACGCUGGAGGUGGUGUCGGGCUGCACGGUGGACAUGCUGCGGGUCGUGUACGGGCUGGACGGCAUCCGCCUGCGCCGCCGCCAGUACUACACCAUGCCCAACUUCCGCCAGUACGAGAACCGCACGGGCCACAUCCUGGUGCAGUGGUCGCUGGGCAGCCCGCUGCACUUCGCCGGCUGGCACUGCUCCUGGUGCUUCACGCCCGAGGGCAUCUACUUCAAGCUCGUGUCCGCCCAGAACGGCGACUUCCCCCGCUGGGGUGACUACGAGGACAAGCGCGACCUCAAUUACAUCCGGAGCUUGAUCCGCACCGGGGGCUGGUUCGACGGCACGCAGCAGGAGUACCCGCCCGCCGACCCCAGCGAGCACAUGUACGCCCCCAAGUACCUGCUCAAGAACUACGACCAGUUCCGCUACCUGCUCGACAACCCCUACCAGGAGCCCAGGAGCACGGCGGACGGCGGGCGGCGGGGCAAGGGCCCUGGCGAGGGAAGGCCACCCGCCGCCAGGGGCCAGUUGGACGUGGUCGAAGGCUAGGGCUGCGCGAUCUCGCGGGGUGGUGGCUCCCCGUGGCGUUCCGUUCCGUCUGCCCUCCUGCCAGCUCGGGGGCUUCUCGAGAGGACCAGGCGUGGGUCGGUGGGGAUCUUCCCUGUUCAAGCCCUUGUGCAUCAACAUCAGGUCUUUAAGCUCAAAAGAGAAAAAGAAAAAAAAAAAAAAAAUCCUGCCUGCCAGGAGAGGAGAGCUAGCCCAGCCAUCUAUGCAGCCCUGUUGCCGCCAAGA